AUGCGUUUCUCAUCAUUGUCCGGGUCAGCAUGGCUUUCUCUUGCCACUAUAGUUUCCCUGGCGCCUUUCGCAUCACCGGAGAGAUUGAUAGAGUCACAAUCCCUGAACCCUUGCCAAGCGAACUCCAGUUUCACAGCGACGUUAUUCAAUGUCAUCUUCACACCAGACAACAACAGUUUAGCCUUCAACAUCCUCGGGGUUUCAUCGAUUUCAGGUUAUGUCACGGCAGAGAUCGAUGUUAUUGCUUACGGCUACACCGCUUUGAAGCAGACCUUGGACCCUUGCACCUCAAACCUAGAGGGCCUGUGUCCCAUGAACACUGGUCAGAUCAACAUCCAAUCGAACAUUGACGUUCCGUCAAGCGUCGAGAAAUAUAUCCCCAGCAUUACAUACGGUGUGCCGGACUUGGAUGGUGUUGUCAAGGUCUACAUCAAGAACAACGUGACUGGGGCUAGUGAAGCUUGUGUCGAAGCACCGCUCUCCAACGGAAAGACGGUCGACCAGAAAGGGGUCGGAUGGACGACUGCGGUCAUCGCUGGUCUAGCGUUGCUAGCUUCUGCGGUGACCUCGGGGCUAGGACAUUCAAAUACCGCAGCCCAUGUGGCCGCAAAUGCUCUGUCUCUGUUCGGCUUUUUCCAAGCUCAAGCCAUUAUUGGUAUGACUGCUGUUCCUCUUCCACCGAUCGUUGCUUCAUGGACCCAAAAUUUUCAAUGGAGCUUGGGAAUCAUCAGAGUCGGUUUCCUGGAGUCGAUAUGUACCUGGUAUCAAAGGGCUACAGGGGGAACGCCGUCAACGCUACUGUCAACUCUCAACACGGAGUCUGUCGAAGUCCAAAAGCGGUCUCUUAAUGUGGGCAAGAGUAUUAUGCGUGCCGCUCAUGCUUUGUCCAAAAGAGUCAACAAUACCUCUGCGACAGCCUCAGCCGCAAAAGUGGUCAUAGUCUCCGGCAUCAAAAGGGUUGGAUUUCGCGCGAAGAUCGAAACCACCAACAUUUUCUUGACGGGACUCAUCUUCUUCAUGAUCUUCGUCUUCCUCACAGCGGUCUGUGUAAUGCUAUUCAAGGGCUUUUGCGAAAUUGCUGUUAAGGCCGGAUGGUUUAAGGGCGAUAAAUUUGAAGACUUCAGAACUGGAUGGAAGGUUGUGCUGAAGGGUAUAUUGUUCCGUUUGGUGCUCAUUGGCUAUCCGCAAAUCUGCAUUCUAUGCCUUUGGGAGUUGACGCAGAGGGACUCCGCCGCCGAAGUCGUACUUGCGUUAUUCUUCUUCGUCUCAAUGAGCAUAGCUUUGGCCUGGGCCUCGCUCAAGGUCUUCCGGAUAGCCAAGCGAUCAGUUACCAUGCAUAAGAACCCUGCCUACAUCCUUUACUCCGAUCCGUCCGCUCUCAACAAAUGGGGUUUCUUAUAUGUCCAAUUCCGUGCUACAGCCUACUACUUCAUCAUGCCAAGUCUGGGUUAUAUUUUGAUCAAAGCAUUGUUUAUUGCUUUUGCCCAGAACAGCGGCAUCACUCAAGCCAUUGCACUGGUCGUCAUCGAGGCUGGCUUCCUCAUCGGUGUCAGCAUUCUCCGGCCAUGGAUGGACAAGAAGACCAACGCAUUCAACAUCUCCAUCGCAGCCAUUAACUUCAUCAACGCUAUCUUCUUGCUAGUCUUCACCUCGGUCUUUAACCAACCGGGGAUUGUUACUGGUGUCAUGGGUGUGGUUUUCUUCGUCUACAACGCCGCCUUUGCCUUAGUCCUCCUGUUAAUGGUACUUGUCGCUACAUGUUACGCAAUAUUCUCCAAGAAUCCCGACACGAGAUACCAGCCUAUGCGAGACGAUCGCGGCUCGUUCAUCAAGUCUCAGACAAAUCUCAAUACCGAGCUUGAUGCCCUUGGUGUCACUGCCCGAGGAGACAUGGCCCAGAAGGGUUUCUAUGGUCGUGACCUUGAUGACGAUGAAGACUCUUACUCUUCCGGGUCUGGAAAAAUGGGUCAUGACGCCGCGGGCGCACCUCUGCCACCAUCCACCGCCAACUCAAACCGAAACCUCAGCGCGCGAGAGCCACCGCGUUCUCCCGUUGAUCCGAACAUGCAGUACCUCCCCAGCGAUGGUACUCCUCGCCAUGGACCGCCAAUGUACAAAAACGACAACUCGAGUUCUCGUCCUGGCGCCGACAUGCCAUUGAUGGGAAGACAACGAGACCAGUCACCCUACCGCCCGAAUACUGCAGGUGGCUACAGACAGCAGAACAAUACCAGUCCAUGGCAGCGGGGUGCCGGUUACGAUCAUUGA